AUGGAGGCAGCACUGUCCCACCAAGCAACACACUUGGAGCACUCAGGAAUAAUAAUGAUGUAUGUGUACCCUUGCCUUCUUUGUGCUCUGAGUGUUGUGGUGGUGAAACCUCUCAACAUAGAUGGACGUGUUGGAACAAAUGUUACAUUCAAAUGCUCCGACUGGAACGUUUGGACUGAUGUAAAAUAUCAUGUUAAGUACCUUUGUGAUAAUCCGUGCUCAGAAAACAAACACAUUAUCGUGAAAGCAGAAUAUGGAAAGACUGUACGUAAGAAUAGAAUAGAGUUAACUAACAGUGCAGAAGGUUUAUUUGUGACCUUCAUUCAUCUCCAAAAGUCAGACUCUAAGAAAUAUUAUUGUGGAGUGGAGAGAUUUGGCUCUGAUCCCUUGAUAGAGGUGAAUCUUAAAGUUACGGAUGGUAAGUUUAUGCUCCCUAUUUUUAUUUUUUUUAAUACCACCAUCAAAAACCACUGUAUUGUUGGUAAAUUAAUAUGUACUCUCUCUCUAUUUUCAGAGUCUCCCAAAAAUACUCCAGCAACAUUUGCUGUUACAAACAGCUCCACAGUGUCUUCAGGCAGCUCAGCUAGUAUUACUGUUACGUCUACAUCAUACAUCAUCCAUUGUACAACAACUACUGCACCAGCAACACAAGGACCUGGAAGUGUACCAUAUUUGAUUGUAGGAUUCAUUCUUAUACUAACCAUACUGAUUGCCCUACUGUACCUUUUGAGGAAGAUGGCCAAAAAACAACUUGGUAACCACCAUACACAUUACAUUAACAGUAUAGCAACAUCAGAAGUUGAAUAUGACGAAAUCAGACCUGAGAACCAGCAAACUGCAUGCAAACCUGCAGGGGUCUCUACCCUCAGCUUCUCUGCAGACCCAGACAGUCUUUAUGCUAAUUAUUCCUCCCACCAAGGCACUGAAUUAGCAGUUUCCAGAGUCACAUUUCAACAAUGUGACUUGGUGUACUCUGUUGUUCAACUGCCCAGUGAUCAAUCUCAACCAAAUCAAUCUGAAAGCAACACAAAUAACUAUUCCAUCCUCAGCUAACACAGGCAACCUGAAUGUGGCUACUGUGAGUGAAAAGGAUAAAAAGAAACUUUCUUGAUCAUAUUGAUUAUGAUUUUUUAAAUGUAAAUUUAGAGAUAUAAUUUAAUAUAAAAUCAAAUGAGAGAUCAAAUGACAAAGCAUAUUCGUUCAUCUUCAAUAAAGUAUCUUUCCGUUCAAUGAUAGAGUUUGGUAAAAGUAAUUACUUUUACUAAAUGAAUGGAUUUACUGAUAAUAAGCUUUCAGAAUAAUUUAAAUAAUAUUUAGUGAGCAUCAAACUGCAAGUAACCCCCACCUUAAGAAAUAUGUUGGAUGCUUUACAUUUUGUAUUAAUAAUUGUAUUAUUUAGUGAGGACUAGUUAAGAAAGCCCGCUACUGUAUUAAACUUCAUGAUGCCAGAUUUGAAUCCCAAAUUUGUGUCUUAAGGCCGAAGUAUGCUUGCCGCUUGAGACCUA